UUUGGUUUUUUUUUUGUACACUUGUUUAUUGUUCUCUCAACUCUAUUUUGAGUUCCAUAAAGCAGAGACAUGGUCUGCCUCAUUCAUCUUGGUAUGUUUUCAUCUUUGUACUAAUCCCUGGCAUAUAGUGGGUACUUGUUACAUUUUUGUAGAAUGAAUGAGUGAGUGAGUGAAUGAAUGAACAGAACAAAGGAUUUAGACUGGGCCCCCAAAUGCCAAGGACACUGUUUAAAUCUACUUUGCAGCACUAAAGCUUGCCUUGCUCAAUUAGACUUUUAGCAAUGAUCUUAACUUGAGCUUUUACUUUUUAGUGGUCAUGUUUGAGAUUCAGGCAUAUCUAGGUUUGUCUGAAAACAUGGUGGGUUAUCUGACAUAGUCCUUUAUGUGAGAGGGCCUUGUGAGAAUAUCCACUUGAGAAAGGGUUUAAAAUGUUUUCACUGCUCAGAUUUGGAGAGACCUGGAUUUGUUUAAGAAGCUGGUGGUGUGAUCUCUCAGAACAAGAGAAGGUAUUUGAUCUAAAAUACAGCUUUAAGAGGGGAGUGGAAAUCCUAAUAAUAACCGUGCCUACCAUACCCAGGGCAGAAGACACACAACCCAUUAUGCCCAGAAAACUGUGUGGAAGGAACAGCAGGAAUAAUUAGCUCUUAAGUAAGUACAGGUGAUGGGGAUUCCUAGAAAUGAGUACUUCACAUUGGGAAGAAACUUCUUUCUGGAUCUCUUGAGGCCAAGAGCUUGUAUAAAUUUGGUUUUCAAGGAGAAAUGAAAAAUCAAAUGGUAGUGUUUUCUACUAUAUAAGAAAAAAGCUAUUUGAGGACAUGACAGAGUUAAUAAAACACCUGCUCACUUACAAUUCUGCUGAGACAUCCAUUAACUGACUUAUCUUGAUUGUAAGAGCCUCCGCCUUUAUGCAUUCUCAGAGAUGCUUGAUUCAUUGACCUACAGGAAAAGCCUAGGAUUUUCUAGUUCUCUCUGCAGAAGAAUGAAGCCUCUGCUUGGGACCCUUUACCUCUUGGGGAUCCUGGUUCCUGAGGGGCUGGGAUAUGAUGGAUCCCUAGCACAACCCAGACGAGAGGUUGUGGAAGAGACAGUGAACCCAUGGAAGAGCCUGGACACCUAUUCCUAUACCAAAUAUCACCCAAUGGAAGAGAUCUAUCAGUGGAUGAUCCAGAUAAGUGAGAAGUACACAGGAGUGGUGACACAGCAUUUCCUAGGAAUGACCUAUGAGAUCCGGCCCAUGUAUUAUUUGAAGAUCAGCCAACCAUCCAAUAACCCCAAGAAGAUCAUCUGGAUGGACUGUGGAAUUCAUGCCAGGGAAUGGAUUGCCCCAGCUUUUUGCCAAUGGUUUGUGAAAGAAAUUCUACAAAACUAUAAAGAUAACCCAAGGAUAGGAAGGUUCCUUAGAAACCUGGACUUCUACGUGCUUCCUGUUCUUAACAUAGAUGGUUAUAUCUAUACUUGGACAACUGAUCGGCUUUGGAGGAAAUCCCGUUCGUCCCAUAAUAAUGGCACAUGUUUUGGGACAGAUCUCAAUCGAAAUUUCAAUGUGGCCUGGUGUAGUAUUGGUGCCUCUAAAGACUGCCACGAUUUAACAUUCUGUGGGACAGGACCAGCAUCGGAGCCAGAGACUAAGGCUGUUUCCAGCUUUGUAGAGAGCAAGAAGGAGAGCAUUGUGUGCUUCCUGACCAUGCACUCGUAUGGGCAGCUCAUUCUCACGCCUUAUGGCUACACUAAAAAUAAGUCCAGUAACCAUGAGGAACUGAUCCAAGUUGGACAGAAGGCAGCAAAUGCAUUGAAAAAAAAGCAUGGAACCAAUUAUAGAGUUGGAUCGAGUGCAGAUAUUUUAUAUACCACAUCAGGGGCCUCAAGAGACUGGGCUCGGGACAUUGGUAUUCCCUUCUCAUACACGUUUGAGCUGAGGGACAAUGGUACACAUGGAUUUGUUCUGCCAGCCGCGCAGAUUCAGGCCACCUGCGAGGAGACCAUGGAGGCCGUGCUCUCUGUCCUGGAUGAUGUCUAUGAGAAAUACUGGGACUCAGAUGGUGCUGGAAAGGGGACACCUACUGCCGUGGUGCUGGGCCUGCUGGUCUCCUUCAUGUCUGUUCUCUGA